GUGAGGACAGAGACGAGACUCGCACGACAAAGUCUCCGAGAAGAAUUCCGCCAUCCCCUGGAUCGUUCUCCCAUGGCAGAGACACGCACCCCCCUCCGCACCAGCGGACCUCCGCGGCUUCCUCGACUUCUGCUCGCCGCCGUCCUCAUCAUCAUCAUCGCGACCACGGCGUCGACGGUGCCCGCAGAGGCGCGUAGCCGCCCGCCUGGCCACGCCAGGGCAUCGCCCCGCGCCUCCGCGUGCCGCGACCGCUCCGAGAGUUUCCUGAGACGCGAGUUGCACGGCUGCCGAGGCUCACGGCGUCGCGCGCUGCUCAACGAACACCUCGUGGAGCGGCUGAGCGAAGCCGAGGCCGCGCGCUCAGACGCGCCGCUCACCGCCGGGGGCAGGUUCGCCGGACGCGCGCACGGAGUUGCGGGCAGGAACGGGAGCGGCUCGCGUUGCCCCUCGUGGCAAGGGCUCGUCGCCUCCACCGAGCUGGAGGCCAGGGCGCUGGCACCGUGGACUAUCCGCGUGGACCACGACCCGAACCGCUACCCUUCGCGCAUCGCCAUGGCCGAGUGCCUCUGCUCGGGCUGCGUGGAGCCGGGCAAAGGGGCGUUCGAGCGCUCCCUCGUCUCUGUGCCCGUCGUGUACCGCAUGCGCGCCCUCUACCGGCGCGCCUGCGACCCCGCGUCGCGCCUCUACGACUACGAGCGACGCUGGGUGGACGUGCCGCUCGCCUGCACCUGCGUCGUCGCCAAGACGGCCCCGUCUUAGUCCAGCCGAAGAAAGCUGCCGGUUGUCUUAGCCCUACGAGAGAACCACCGGUUGUCUUAGUCCUACCAGAGAACCA